AUGUUUUUGCUCGCUCGCAGCUCGCUGCGAGCAAGUAAAUCCGAGCACCACCACGGACACGUUGUCCUGCGUGUUCAGUGCCAGGGCGGCGUUCCCCAGCGCCGCGGCACAGGCCUGGGCCCGCUCGGGCGUCCAGCGGGGCACUCCGCCGUUCCCGCCGCUCCCGAGGAAACACUCGUGAGCUAUGGCGGCGGCGCGAUCGUCGCUCAUGACGUCCCAGAGCCCAUCCGAGGCGACGAGGGCGCACAGGUGCUCUGGGCCAAGCUCGGCGACUCCAAAGGGUGUGGCUUGCAAAGGGUGUGGUUUGCAACCGGCACCCUGGGGAACAUCCUGGGGGGGCGCCCAGAGGGGCGCGCGGCGCGCGGGGACCCCGAUAGAGUUCUCCCGCGCCCCGAGGAGGCCCGACGAGGACGGUGUCGUGCCCCCAAGGCCCAAGGGCGCCGAUCGCAAGCCACCCUCGGGCGUACCCAGAGAUCAGAG